CUGAUGUAAUUCUCAAUCGCCUUAAUGAUAUCGCUCACAAGGAAGCAAACACUCGCGAAACCGUUUCUGAGUUAGAUACCAGGAUGAUGGCAAUCGAGAAAACUCAGACCGAGAUCCUCGAAUGUCUUCGUGCAUUGAUGGCAGCUAACAUCCCGACAUCUCCUAUCCCUGAUGAUCGGCCCUAUGUUGAGCAUUCUCAAUCAAUCCUCGUUGUAUCCGAUGCGGGUUCCGUUGCUGAAGGCCUUGCUCCGCUGGCUCCAGUGCACAGAAGACAACGUAUGAAUACCGUUUCUGGUACAGGUAAGUCUCUAGUUUAGUG